AUAUAAUUGCGGAGUGGCAAUCGAUACAUUAUUCUUCAUUUCAUUCGGUAUUCUUCGUUUCGAGAUUCUUACGCGAGUUCUCAACAUUUGUUGACGGUUCAGAACUUCUUUUGGCCUUCCUAACUAGAACUAGAACUAGCUGGUACCACUGGGUACGCUUCGGCAAGAUGUCUCUGUUGUAAAUCGACAAGCGAUUCUGCAAAAUAUACAAAAAUAUUUGAUUAGGAUUCUUGUGAUUAGAUUUGGCUAAAGAAGACAUUGGGAUAUUUCUGGUUUUCCCAGGAUUGCCUCACGGGAAGCAAGAUGAGUGCUCGGCUUCUAAAGGAUCCUGCCACUGCAUCCAGCCGUAUAUUUGUGGGGCAUUUACAGACCGACGAUGUUAACAAGCUCGAGCUGGAGGAGCACUUUGCCAAGUACGGCACUGUCAUAGCGUCAAUAAUAAACAGAGGGUUCGGAUUUGUGCAGUUUGAAGACGAGCAGUCCGCUCAGAAAGCUAUUCAGAACGAAGACGGUGCUAUGUUUAAAGGCAGACGUAUAGACGUUAGACCAGCAAAGAAGGAUAAUCAGUCUAACAGUGGAAACGCAAAACAGAUGGGUGGACCCAACAACCAAUUUAAUCCCAUGAAUCCCAUGAAUAAUCAGUUCAACAACACAAGUGACGCAUUUGCGAAUAAGCCGACCUACACAGCUGCAAAUACGAGUUUUAAUAUAAAUCCGAACUUCGGGAACGACAGCGGCUUCGGUAACAACCAAAAAGAAUUGAAUACUCAAGCGAUCAGAAAUAGCGGGAACAGCCUCUUUGACGACGGGAACGCAGGAAGUGGUGACAACGACCUGUUCAACGGGAAGCAGAACAACGCUGGGAACGAUCACUUCAACAAUCCUCAGAAUCGCGGGAACAAUCAGUUCAAUCCUCCGAAUCGCGGAAACGAUCAAUUCGCCGGUGGUCACAAUCAGAGGGGCAACAACAGUCAGUUUGGGAAUAAUAAUCCGCAGAUGGGCAAUCAGAACAGGCCUGGGCCUGGGGGCAACCAAAAUCGGAAUCAAACUAAUCCGGGCAACAAUCAAAACCAAAAUUCCGGAGGAGGGAUUCACAGACCGCGCGGGACGAGGGGCGGGAAAAACAGGAAUAAAAAUAAUCAGAACAAUAAUCCAAACGUGAACAAUUUCAGAGAUCGGAGUCCGAUUAACAGGGGUAAUCGAAUAGAGGAUAAAACGAACAGGGAGUGGGAUCACAAGCAGGGGGACAGGCUACGUGGUAACAAUUUCUCCCGAGAUUCCUUCACCGACGGCGCAAACCGUUACGACGACUUCAAGACUUCCGGACCGAGGGAGGCGAAUAACAGUUUUGGAAACUCGAGCGGAUCGUCCGAUUUCUCUGGCGUCUCGGCUGAGAAGAACGACUGCGAGAUUAUCGUCGUUAAUAAAGUGCUAACGAAAUAUGCGGAGGACAUUGAGCUACGCUUGAAGCAAGUGGGCUUAAUGGUAGACCUGCUGUUCCCGAACGAGGAUGUUCCCCUGGGUCGCGUUUUAGGGAACAUCGCGAGUCGUGGCUGCCUGUACGCCGUAGUCGUGAAACCAACUAACCAGGAACACCACUCGUUAACGCUGAACAUCCUGCACGGUGUGCCACAAGAGCACAGAAACAUGCCUUUCGAAGACGCUAUAAAUCUGAUCUCGCGGGACUUCGCGAAUUACAAGGCCGGCGGCCGUUCGGUCCCGCUGAACACGCCGCUGGCGAACGAGCGCCAUCCGGACGCCAUACAGGUCCUCCUGAACAUGUUGGCCGACAAUCGUCAGCUGACGGUUCUGCAGUACGACCGCGUGAUAAAGUACCUCGGGAUGAAGCGCGAGGAGCAAGUGCAGGUCGAGUUGGGCGACGUGAAGGAUCUACCGGUGCCGGCGUCCCUCGCGUCCGUCAACGAUCCGAAACAGGCGGAGCUGCAGACGAGAAUACUGAACAUCUUAAACAGCAGCAAAACGAGCGCGCCCACGACGGUGGAGCCCAGCCCAGUGCCACCACCGAGCUCGGCACCGACUCCCGUCCCUCCAGCUACUUGGGGAACAGCCUCGAAUACUGCCACAACGUCGUCCGCGACGACGACGUCCACGGGAGUUUCACCGUCGCCUCUUUUGAAAGACCCGACGGUACAGAAGGCUCUCGACAACCUUCUGCAAGGGAACAUAUUGAAAAAUAUCGGCGACCAGCAACCACCACCCGCGACAGCAACUGGAGCGCCACUGUUCGCCGCUUUUUCCAACGUCAACAGAUUUUAAUCGCAUUAUUAAUUUUAUUUAUACUAUCGAACACCUUCUAAUUUUUAGAUUAUUCUUUAUGCCCUCUUCGUGGUUUUAGUCUACGCUGCUAAACAUGCGAGUUUUGGUAAUGCUGCUGCUCUGCUGAAAAAAUUCUGCAUUAAUAUAACUAGUUGGAUAGAAAGAGAGACGGAAGCAGCGUAAUACGAUAAGUAAUAUUUUAGUACAUUGUAUAUUAAAGGUGUAAAAUGAUACUUCAUUGUAAGAAGUUUAAAAGAGGUAAGGAGGCAACUAUAAUUUGGUAAUUAUUACUAUCUAUCGUAUCUAUCUAAGAGAGAUUAUGUGCUUAAACUGAAUAUGGUUUAAUAAAUGUUACACGUCAUUUAACGGAG